AUGGGCAUUCCCAAUCAGGAAGGACACCAGCUUCACCUUCUCCACACCCUCUUCUUUCGACGUCGACUGCAAGCAGGCUUCCUACCGCUGCAGGAGCAGCUUCUACUCACCAUGCCUGAUGAUCCAAAAGGGAAAGGAUUUCCUGAUAUUUCCGCCAAACUCUCUGCGCUACCAAAGAAAUCGUUAUUCGAGCGCCAAAAAGCCGAAGCCGAAGCCAAGCGCGCCCGGGAGAAGGCCGAAACCGCAGCAGUUUACGAGGACUUCGUGAAAUCAUUUGAGGAUGACACACCUACCGGGCCAAAGACACUUGAUACACGGCCGAACUCAUUUGCGACUCGGGGUGGAGGAUUAGGAGGGGGGCCACCGCGACGACAUUUCACAAGUUCCGGCCCACGCAGCAGCGGCCCAGGCACACUAGGACUGCCCCCACACUCGUUGCCUGGCAAGCGAACACACGACGGGCUUGCGCCGCUAUCGCGCAAUCGCGAUGCAUCACAAGGUGUCCUAGGAUUCGAUCAAACAACCACAGGUCCGCUUGGUCCCCCGGCUGGAUUCAACAGCCCGUCAGACGAUGAAGAUCACCGAAAAGCCGAUGUCAAAGGUUUAGAAAGGGCAGCUGCUAAGCCGACACUGCAGCUAACGUCGUUACCGCCUGGAACGUCUCCAUCAGUGGUAAAGGCAUUGAUCCCCUCUCCUCUAGUAGUUGACAAUGUACACAUCACACGCCCAUCCAGCCAAACCGCCACAGAACGAAAAUCAUCAGCGGCUAUUGUUACCCUUGCGAGUGAUACUGCUGCUUCUGAUAUCGAUAACGCGGUCAGUGCACUUCAAAACAAGUAUUUGGGCCGAGGAUAUCAUCUCUCCCUGUCUCGACACCUCUCUUCCGCAGCGGUCACUUCGAAUAUUUCAACUGGUCUUGGCUCCUCAACUGCUAGCCUACUCCCAUUUGGUGCAAAGAAUAUUCAGCCAACCCACGGGGCUCGCCUGAGUCGCGCUCCACCCCCCGGGUCCCAUCGCGGGGGUUUCGCGCCUCCAAGCUCAUAUGGACCUAAUCUUGGAAGGGCUGCACCUUCCACGCAGGUUGAAGUCAGAGUACCGGUGGAAAUCAAACAACUAAGAUUAAUUCACAAGACAUUGGAGGCCCUUUUACAGCACGGCCCCGAAUUUGAGGCCUUGCUCAUGAGUCGACCGGAGGUGCAAAGGGAUGAGAAAUGGGCGUGGAUUUGGGAUGCAAGGAGCCCAGGUGGCGUAUACUACCGAUGGAAGCUAUGGCAGACUGUCACGCAACCCCAGCCCGGCCGCAAAAAUGAUAAGCUUGCUUCGAUCUUCGAGGGUGGAGCAAGCUGGAACCCACCCGAUUGUCGCAUAAAAUUUGAAUAUGCUACACAUCUUGAUGAGUUUAUUUCAGAUGAGGACUACAAUUCUUCAGAUGAAGAGCAUUCUGACAAUGAGGAUGAGAGGCGAAAUUAUGGCGGAGCUCCACCUCCUGAAGGAAUCAGUGCCCAACAAGACGGCCUUGGCUACAUGAACCCAAUGCAAAAGGCCAAGCUCACUCAUCUCUUGGCUCGAUUGCCGACAACCCAUGCUAAGCUCCGCCGAGGUGAUGUUGCUCGGAUUACCUCAUUUGCAAUUGAACAUGCUGGCGCAGGGGCAGACGAGGUUGUGGAUAUGAUUGUCUUGAACAUUUUGACCCCGCUGGCAUACACUGGAGCCAACCCUGACCGGGAACUAGAAAAAGCCGCAGCAGACCCGGAGAACGAUAACAAAGACGGUGUCAACAUGUCUUCCAAAAAAAUGGAUUUGUCCUCCGCUAAAUUGGUUGGACUGUACAUUGUCUCCGAUAUUCUUUCUUCAUCAGCAACAAGCGGCAUACGUCACGCAUGGAGAUAUCGGCAGAUAUUUGAAUCCUCCCUUCGCUCCCACAAGGUCUUUGAGCACCUCGGCCGACUCGAGAAAGACCUCAGCUGGGGCAGACUGAAGGCCGAAAAAUGGAAACGCAGUGUUGGCACUCUUCUACAUCUGUGGGAAGGAUGGUGUGUCUUUCCACAAGACAGUCAUGGGCAUUUCGUCCAAAUGUUUGAGCAGCCGCCUCUCACCGAGGAGGAGCAACAGAGGGAGGAGGAGAAGGUCAAGGCGGAACAAGCGAAGAGCGCUUUCCUCAAAGGAAAGAGUAGCUGGAAAUCCGUGGACGACGAGCCUAUGCCUGGGAAAUUGGACUUGAGUCAUCCUACCCCAACCGAGAACCAGGAAAAUGUUGCAAAUAUCAAUGCUCCAGAAGAUGAAUCCAUGAGUGACAUUGAUGGGGUUCCCAUGGAAGACAGCGACAUGGAGGACGCAGAGCAGGAUCAGCCCAUAGAGCAAACCAAACCAGAAUUGGGCGAAGAUAUUUCUGAGGACCAAGAAUCUGCACAGCCCAAAGCAGAAUCUGAAGAACCAGACUUGGCAUCUCGGCGUCUUCGAAAGCCAAGGCCAAAAGCCGAAGACAUGUUUGCGGAGGACUCAGCAUAA